ACUCUUCUUUUCCUGUUGCUCGUCGUAUUUGGAAUUUAGUUCCGUCUCUAUUGUAUAAACUUACCACUAGUUUUAAGCGUUGCGUCUUAUUACCCCUUUCUUGGGAAUUUUAAAGCCCAUUGUAGGAAUAUCUUGUCUUACGUGGGAGCUUUGCAUGCAUGAUGACAUAUAUCCUAUAACUAACACCCGCGUCCUAACAUCUCUGUAUCAACCCCAACUCGCAAAUACUCAUAUACGAUGGGAAUUUUGAGCCUACCUAUCGAGAGCCAGCCACCACCCACAGCGCAUAUGCUUCGAUAUCCGCCUUCUCCCCCGCCGACGCAAAGUAGUUCGAGAAGAGAUUCGAGUACCAGUUGUGACUUUGAGCUACAGAAGCUCCAACACAAUGUCUACGAAUCGAAACCUGAAAUUUCUCGAAUAUACCCCCUCCCACCGCGAAGUAGGCCUGAUAAUAGCGUAUUAGCGGAAGAUCUCAAGACGCCAGAUAAUCAUGUCGUAAGAGAUCCCCGGCUAAUACGGCUUACGGGCGUCCAUCCUUUUAAUGUUGAAGCGCCAUUGAGCGAUCUCUUCAAUGAGGGCUUUAUAACAACGAAAGAUCUCCACUACGUUCGCAACCAUGGAGCAGUGCCUCUGGUCGAAGACUCCGAGACUAUGGACUGGGAGUUCGCGAUAGAAGGGAUGGUAGAAACUCCUAUUAAAAUGACUCUAGCGCAGCUCAUCAACGAAUAUGAGCAAGUUACCUAUCCGGUGACUCUAGUCUGUGCCGGCAACAGGAGGAAAGAGCAAAAUGUCGUAAGAAAGACAAAAGGGUUCUCCUGGGGGGCGGCAGGUUUGUCUACCGCAUUAUGGACCGGCGUUGUAAUUGGCGAUCUACUAAAAGCAGCAAGGCCUAAGCGCGGAGCAAAAUACGUAUGUUUCGAGGGAGCUGAUAAGCUGCCCAAUGGCUACUAUGGGACAUGCGUCAAGAUGAACUGGGCUAUGGACCCAAACCGCGGAAUCAUGAUAGCUCACAAGAUGAACGGCGAGCCGCUUCCUCCUGAUCAUGGGAAGCCUCUCCGGGUCAUUGUGCCGGGACAGAUCGGAGGCCGGAGCGUGAAGUGGCUAAAGAGGAUCAUUGUCACAGCGGCGCCUAGCGAUAAUUGGUAUCAUAUUUACGAUAAUAGAGUGUUACCCACCAUGAUUACCCCUGAGAUGAGCGCCAACAUGCCGGAUGCAUGGAGGGACGAACGUUAUGCUAUUUAUGAUCUGAAUACUAACAGCGCCACUUGCUAUCCGGCGCACGACGAAAGGUUGUCAUUAACGGGGAAUGUUUCAAGUUACCGAGUUCGCGGCUAUGCUUACGCCGGAGGGGGCAAAAGAGUAACUAGGGUCGAAGUAACCCUCGACAAGGGGAAAUCCUGGAUUCUUGCCAACAUCUCGUACCCCGAAGAUGAAUAUCGACUUGCGCCCGAAGGGGAAGAGCUGUUUGGUGGGCGACUAGACAUGUCUUGGAGGGAAGCUUGCUUCUGUUGGUGCUUUUGGUACUUGGAUAUCCCGCUAUCGCCGCUGCAGGCGGCGGACGAUAUUUCAGUACGAGCUAUGGACGAGUCUAUGAUGGUCCAACCGCGAGACAUGUACUGGAGUGUUUUGGGCAUGAUGAAUAAUCCGUGGUUCCGAGUUGUCAUACACAAGGAGGGCCAUUCACUACGUUUCGAGCAUCCAACUCAGCCAGCAUUGAUUCCCGGCGGUUGGAUGGAACGAGUUAAGAAGAACGGAGGAGACCUCUCUAAUGGAUACUGGGGAGAGAAGAUAUCUGGCGAAGAAGAGAUUCCGGUUGAGGAAGAACAGGCGAAGGAGAUAUGCAUGAUCAGGAAGGAUAUAACUCGGACAAUUACGAUAGACGAACUGAAAAGACAUGACGGCGAGAACGCGCCAUGGUUUGUGGUUAACGGUCAGGUUUACGACGGGACAAAAUUUUUGGAAGGACAUCCUGGUGGAGCGGCUUCCAUCAUCGGCGCUGCUGGACUGGAUGCUAGUGAAGAGUUUCUUGCCAUUCAUAGCGAGAAUGCCAAGGCGAUGCUUGUGGAUUACCACAUCGGCUCACUUGACGAGUCUUCGCGCACUGCACUAGCCGAUGGAGAUUCGACUGCCGAAGUAACUUCAGCACCGCGAGCGACGUUUUUACAAUCUAAAGCAUGGACGAAAGCUAUCCUAUCUGCUAAAAAAAAGAUAUCAGACGAUACCAAAAUCUUCACCUUCGAUCUCGAACAUGCCCACCAAACUUCCGGCCUUCCUAUAGGCCAGCACUUAAUGAUACGAUUGCGCGACCCAGUUACACGCGAGGCCAUCAUACGAUCAUACACACCUAUCUCAGAGACUACGGAGAAAGGGAAACUACACGUGCUUAUCAAGAUUUACUACGACACACCCGGGAGAAAGGGCGGGAAAAUGACACAAGCGCUCGACUCGAUACCCAUCGGCCACUUCGUCGACUUCAAAGGUCCGGUUGGGAAAUUCGAAUACCUCGGGCGGGGACUAUGCUCGAUCCAAGGGCAACGGCGGAAGGUCAAACGGUUUAUCAUGAUCUGCGGCGGGUCUGGAAUCACGCCGAUAUUCCAAGUCCUCCGCGCCGUGAUGAUGGAUCCAGAGGACCCCACUACGUGUCUGGUUAUCGAUGGUAAUCGUGCCGAACAAGACAUUCUCUGUAAGGCUGAGAUCGAUAGCAUGGCUGCCGACAAUAAGACCAAGUGCCGCUUGUUAUAUACGCUGAGUUGGCCAGAGCCGUCGUGGGCUGGGCUUAGGGGUAGGAUUAAUAAGGAACUGCUCGAGACAGAGAUUGGUUCUUGCCAGAGCGUCAAUGGGGAGGAUCUAGUGCUUGUUUGCGGACCCGAAUCUCUUGAAAAUAGCGUUUACUCCAUCUUGAAGGAUUUAUGCUGGAAGGACGAGGAUAUAUUAUUCUUUUAGUCUUCUCAAGGUAUGUGAUGAUGUAGCGACAUUUUCUCUAUCUAUUCGAGAUGUAUAUAAGGUAUUAGAUGUACAAAGCGGGUUUCAAGUUUAAGUUAUUAUGAUGGGGAACAUGACAGAUACGUAAGAUGUGAAAAAAAUUGACGUCUUCAUAUAUGAUGGAGUAGUUGUAAGUCAUUAGUGCGUAUAGCCUUAGAAUCUACAUAAGCUUUAGCCUUUAGGUACCUGUAUUUAGCUGCUUAAUGCAAAGUACCUUAAUGGGAAGACACGCUUGGGAAUGUACGUAGUCAUAUAUUAUACCCGCAGAAGGUUAUACGCGCAUGACGAUCUAGAAACGGGAACCGGUGAGGAUAGAUGGGACCCUGGGAGAGGAUGCUGGUGUGGUGACACCGAUCAUUUUCCUCACCUUGUGCUUCUUAUGCUUACUGAUGCAUAUUGAAACCGGGUCGGCAGUCUCGUAAUGGUAAUCGUCGACAAGCAACUUGCAUGCAUACCUAGCUGCACCACAUUUACAACGCUGCUGGGUCAUUCCAAUAUUGGCCAGUAGUCCAGCUUCGAGUUGAUCGAUAUUACUUAACCCCGAUGCCAACACUAGUCAUUGAAAAAAAAGUAGCCGCCAUCUUGCAUUGCAUCAAAUGGAUCUAAAGAUAUCUGGGAUCCAAUAGGAUAUUUCCUUAUACGUGGUUCGUACUGCACAACCUCAAAAAUGUG